GUUCCAAUUAAUAAUUUUAAACACCUCCCAAUAGCUCCUACCAUAUGCACUCAUGAUGGUGGUAAGAUGAGACAUCUAUGCUUUGCUAGUGAGCUUGGAUGAUGGAGAUGGUAGAGAUUCUCAAGCAAUGUAUGAAUUUUUUUGGAUUCUUUUAUGAUCAAGAUGUUGGAACUGUUGAUGGGUUUAUCUUUUCUUAUAGCACGUGAAGAAGGUUCUACGGUCACUAAAAGAAACAAGGGAAAGUUAAAGACGAGUGGACCCUUCAAGUACGAGGCAUUGUCCCUAACUUAGAAACCAAGCUGAAGUACUGUUACAUACCACAGAAGCAACAGUAUAUGUGUUGGAGCCUAUAUAGAUUGAUGUAGUCUGUAGUUUCUCUACAAAGCAUUACAACAUGGGAGUACUGGUGCAAUUACUCUUUCUUUUAGCCAGUACUGUUGAACUUUCUCCGGGAAUAUCCCUUGAAAUUCACCUUCUCCGGCCACAGCUUGGCUCCAGUGGCCACCAUGUUCCGGGGCUUUCCUGCCUGAGUUGGAGACUUGGAGUGGAGACACACAACAUUAUUGAGUGGUCAACUGUGCCACAGGCCUGUGAAAGCUAUGUGGGGCAUUACAUGCUCGGCGACCAGUACCGGAAAGACUCAGGAGUCGUUGUGUAUGAGGCAAUUACUCAUGCCCAAAGCCUCAAGUUGGCCGGAGAUGGCAAGGACAUAUGGGUGUUUGAUAUAGAUGAGACUUCUCUUUCUAAUCUGCCUUACUUUGCUAAGCAUGGAUUCGGGGUGGAAGCAUACAAUUCCACACAGUUCAACAACUGGAUCUAUGAGGGAAAGGCUCCGCCACUGCCAGAAAGUCUUAAGCUGUACAAGAAGUUGCAAUCUCUUGGGAUUAAGCCUGUAUUCAUAACAGGCAGACCAGAAGCCCAAAGAAAUGUCACAGCAGCCAACCUACAGAAUGCGGGAUAUCACACUUGGGAGAAGCUCAUACUCAAGGGAUCAUCGGUCACAGGUACAGCAGUUGCGUACAAAUCAAAUGAAAGGAAAAAACUAGAGCAAAGUGGAUACAGAAUAGUUGGAAACAUUGGUGAUCAAUGGAGUGAUAUCUUAGGAACUAAUGUGGGGAAUAGGACUUUUAAGCUACCUGAUCCAAUGUACUACAUUAGUUGAUGAAACUUUGAACUAGAAUUUCCUAUUGAAAUAAAUCAAAUGCUGCUUAAAGGAACUCGAUUCAUUCAGCAUUA